AACUAUUAUCUUCUUCCACUUCCCAGUUCCCUCUUCCUCGUCCGCUCUGCAUUUAUCCUGCAAAUGACGACUAAUGGCGACACCGCGAGAGCUCGCAAAAAGAAGAAAAAAGAGAUAACUUUUCCUUGCAUUAAAAAUGAUCAAUUUUCAAAAAACGCAAUCCUGACGCUUAUUUAAUUCGAUAAAUCGAAAACGACCACAGAUUUCAGUCUGCGAUUGCUUCCGUUUCUUGAAAGCCGGCGAGUCUCACCGCUUCUUAUACCAGUUUCUCCUCUUCCUCAAACGCUUCCAAAAGCAUUUACCAGCCUCCACUACAUCCAGGCACCCCGUGGGAGAGCAUCUUCGAUUUCCCUAGGGUUUGCUUCCUGCCAUUUGGAGAAGGAUGAAGAGAUCGAAGAGCAUGGAAGCCAUUGCUGGGAGGAAAUGGAGGUUAUCUCACAUCCUCUUCGCAAUGGCUGCAGUUUAUCUUCUCAUCAUCGGUUUCAAGUUCCACCACAUACUAGAGCUCGCCGGUUUGAUUAACGAUGACCGGAAUUUCAACGAAAUUGAUCGUCUUGUGGAUCUUGACGGUGUCGCCGAAAUCAGCCGGCCGGUCUUCAUCUCCUCUUCGGACUCACUCCACCGCCGCCUCGACGACGGAAACCCUCCGCCGAAGCCCGGCGGGGAUCCGAUCGUUCUCCCAACGCACCACUUAUUGCUGAAACGACGGCAGUGGGGUUGCAACAGCACUGAGUUGGAGAGGACGGCUCAUGAAGCUUGGGCUUUAGGAAUGAAAGCUUGGGAGGAAGUAAAGCAUUACGAAGACAAAGGGGAUUUGAAGCCACCUGCGUUGCUUGAAGGGAAGCAGGAGCCCUGCCCAUCGUCUGUCUCCAUGGGUAAAAGUGAUAUGGGAACCCAAGAGAGCUUAAUGUUUCUUCCAUGUGGACUUGAGGUGGGAUCUUCCAUCACUGUGAUCGGUACUCCUCACAGAGCUCAUGAGGAAUAUGUGCCUCAUCUGGCAAAGUUGAAGCAGGGGAAAGGAGUAGCCAUGGUGUCCCAGUUCAUGGUUGAGCUGCAAGGACUGAAGGCUGUUGAUGGAGAGGAGCCGCCCAAGAUUCUGCACUUUAAUCCGAGGCUGAAGGGUGAUUGGAGCGGCAGAGCUGUCAUUGAGCACAAUACAUGUUUCAGAAAGCAAUGGGGGAAAUCAAUGCGGUGUGAUGGAGUUGCUUCUGAGGAUGAUGAUGAUACAGUUGAUGGAUUCAUUAAAUGUGAAAAAUGGUUCCGUAGUGAUGUCGUUGAUUCAAAAGAAUCCAAAUCGACUUCUUGGUUGAAGAGAUUCAUCGGUCGAGCAAAGAAGCCAAAACUAACAUGGCCUUAUCCAUUUGUAGAGGGCAGGUUGUUUGUCCUAACGUUUCAAGCUGCAGUGGAAGGAUAUCAUGUCUAUGUUGGCGGACGACACAUAACUUCAUUCCCAUAUAGGCCGGGGUUUACUAUUGAAGACACUGCCAGUAUAGCUAUCAAAGGAAAUGUUGAUGUACAUUCAGUAUUUGCUUCUUCUCUUCCCAGUUCCCACCCAAGUUUUUCUCGCCAGCAAGUUCUGGAACUCUCAGAAUCAUGGAAGUCUGGUCCUCUUCCAAAACAGCCCAUUGUACUUUUUGUUGGCAUUCUCUCUGCUGCCAAUCAUUUUGCUGAACGCAUGGCUAUUAGAAGAACAUGGAUGCAAUAUUCUGCUAUCAAGUUAUCAAAUGUUGUCGCCCGUUUCUUUGUUGCACUGAGUCCAAUGAAGGAAGUUAAUGUGGUUUUGAAGAGAGAAGCAGAAUAUUUUGGAGAUAUCAUAAUAUUGCCAUUCAUGGAUCGUUAUGAGCUAGUGGUGCUAAAAACUGUCGCAAUUUGUGAGUUUGGGGUAAAGAACUUGACUGCUGCUUACAUUAUGAAAUGCGAUGAUGAUACAUUUGUACGGCUAGAUGUUGUGCUGAGGGAGGUGCAUAAUGCUGCUGGCCAGAAAUCCCUUUAUAUGGGUAAUCUAAAUAUCUUCCACAGGCCCCUCAGGAAUGGAAAAUGGGCAGUAACAUAUGAGGAAUGGCCGGAGAAAGUUUAUCCUCCAUAUGCCGAUGGACCUGGUUACAUAAUAUCGAGCGACAUUGCAAAGUUUAUUGUAUCUAAGCACGCGAACCAUACCUUGAGUAUGUUCAAGAUGGAAGAUGUGAGCAUGGGCAUGUGGGUUGAGGAGUUCAAUGCUUCCACCCCGGUCCGGUAUUCCCACAACUGGAAGUUCUGCCAGUAUGGCUGCAUGGAUGAUUACUACACUUCACAUUACCAAUCUCCAAGGCAAAUGAUCUGCCUGUGGGAUAAACUGGCGAGAGGCCGAGCUCGCUGCUGCAACUUUAGAUGAUGAAUGCAUUGUUCUUUUCCUAACCAAUUUAUUCAAUUCUCACAGCAUUUUUACACUUGUUUUUUUUUUAUAAGAUGGAAAGUUAAACUUUGUAAGUACUGUAUAAAGCCUGAAAAGACCACCAAUAGAUGUGCAGUUCAUUCUUAAAAUAAAUUGC